ACAGUGCACGGGCGUCACACCUGCCUUAUUUACUAAGCAUUACCAUAACACGUUACAUUAAAGGUUAUAAUAGUACACUGUUUCGGUUUCAUGAUUUCAUUUUCUGUUUAAAAUGCAAAUUGCAAGCAAAAUUAAGGUUCAACUCACUUUAACGGCCCCGUAAGUCAUACGGCGUCAGUUUCUACUACGGAAGUAUUUUCAGUGUGACGCUCGAUGUACAACAUGGCUGCUUCUUUGAUGCGAAUAGGACAGUUAAGGACUUUAAGGACCUUACAAAAAGAGGCAUGGGGACUUCCAGGCAUUUCUUCAUCUGCCAUUUCUUUUUCCACCAAGUCCUCUGAUCCAAAGAAAGGACGAUCAAAGAGUAAGACUGUUACUACACAGAGUACAAGUAAGACUGUUGCUGCACAGAAUGUAGUGGCCCCCGUGGAGAGGGCAAGGCUUCAGGCAAGCAAAAAAGAAGUUGAGGUUCCUAAAAAGUCAUCAGUUCCUCAUCCUUCAGCUUCAACCACAGGUGAGGCCAUAGCUAGUACAAAUCCUGAUGAAGCCUUAACAAUUACAGAUGAAGAAAGAGGGAAGUUUUUGUCAAAGAAGACCUCGGUUGAAUUCCUUCACAGAGUGCCUAGUUUGUCAGUACCAUUAAAUGAGAAGCUACAGGGACCAGUGUAUAGCCCUGAAGAAAGGGUUAAGCUGCUUGCCUUUAAAUCCUUUGUUGAUUUCCCAAAGCAUGAGCCCUGGUCGCUGCUUAUAGCUGGAACAGCUGUGACAAAAGAACAAGACCAUAAGGUUGUUGCAUCAGGUAUAGGUGUUUCUUCUAGUGGCAUUCCUGCUAAAGAUGAAGACAGGAGAUAUGUAAAUGAAGGAGAGUCUUCCUCUAGUUCAGACUCUGAUUCCAGUUCAGAUUCUGAUUCGGACUACGAAGGGACUGUAGUAGAUAUUUCUAUUAAGACCAAAGUUGAAUUCCCAACACGAGAGUUCCUUUCUGUAAAGCAAAGCAGUUUGAGCAAUCAAGUGCUAAAGCAGCCUCUUGUUGAAGAGCCAUUAACAAAAGGGAAGGAUGCACCAACCCAUGAAAUGCCACAGAAGUUGGGGGACAAGUUCUCUAGAUCCAGUAGGCAGAGGGAGUCCUAUGAAACUACUAUUCUUGCAGAUGAAAAGGAAGUUGUUAGAAAGUUGUCUGCAGUUUCACGCAAAAAUGAAAUGCAGAAUGACCAUGGAGCCUUUGACCUACAGAUAAAAGAAAGGGAUGAAGUAAGCAGAACAAGUCGAGGGACCACUUAUAAAAAGACUGAUAAACCAUUAUUUGAACAAAUCUCUCAGUCACAGGCUAAAUCCCAGCACCUAGAUGAUGCUGGUCCAGAACCCAAGCAGACAUUGUCUACACAGGAACAGUCUGUAACACAAGAAGCACUCAAGAGUGUGGAAGGCACCUUAACUCAAGCAGUGGAAAAAUGUGAUGAAGAUGAAGUAUCCCCCAUAAAAGCUGAUGUGGAGGGGAGUAUUUCAGAAGAAAUAGUACAGCCUCCAGCAGAUGGCGCUCCACAGGUGCUUGAUGCAGCUCCGUUAUCUAAACAGGAGGAAUUUGAUAUUUCUACUUACAAGAAUCUUCAACACCACAGUUACACACCUUUCACAUUUGUGGAUUUUGAACUAGAACUCUCGAAAUUCAGACAGACUCAACCUUCUUCUGGAAGGCUGUCACCUAGACACUGAGAAAUAUAAAAAUGUGCAUAGCAUUUAUAUUACUGAUAACUAUGAAGAGGAUAUAUGAAGCAGUUGUGACCCUGUGUUGGUAUAUGAAAUAAACUGAUUGACAGCAA